AUGAGUGUGUAUGCGGCCCAACAAGGUUGUGCAGACGAAGAGAAGGAGAAGUUUUGGGAGGAGUUGGACGAAGUGAGAAAAAUUCCAGCUGAGGAGAAACUAUGGAUAGGGGGUGAUUUCAAUGGACACGUUGGUGGUGAUAACACAGGCAGAGAAGAGACGAUGGGCAAAUUUGGUUAUGGUACUAAGAAUGAUGGUGGGGAAGAACUCGUGACAUUCGCGAUGAGGCAUAAUUUGUGGAUCGUUAACACGUUCUAUAAGAAAGCCACUAGGCACAAGAUCACCUACCAAAGUGGAAGCACUCAGUCACAAAUAGAUUACAUCCUCUGCCGCUCAUAUGACAAGAAUACGAAAGACUGUAAAGUAAUUCUUGGGGAAACCAUCACAAACCAACACCGACCAGUCAUUUGCACACUUAAAGUUGUGAAGUCAAAACCCCAGACGAAGUCAAGAACCCAGAAAAUCAAGUGGUGGAAGCUAAAAGAAGCGCAGAGCAGAGAUGAUUUUACAGAUAAGGUUAGAGAGACCCUAGAAAGACGUAGACAGGAAGAGAGGUGUGACUGGGAAACAAUCGCAGAAGACAUGCGGGAUCUGGGAGAGAAAGUCUGUGGCAAAACCUCCGGAAUGGCAAAGGCUGGAAAGGAGACGUGGUGGUGGUGUGAUGAAGUCCAGAGAAGAAUUAAACAAACCUUACUACAAAACACAAAGAAGGAAGCUAAAAGAGCUGUGGCAACCGUAAAGGCAAGAGCAUAUAACCAACUCUACGAAGACCUUGAUACAACAGAAGGUACGAAAAAGGUGGCGGUUGUAUUUUAUGAAGCUCAUGAUGAAGAAAAUCCUAGGGAAGCACGUGAGGAGGAACAGUUGGGGAAUCCUGGUGAGGUGGAAGCCAUCACUGACGAUGAGGUGAGAAGAGCGCUAAGGAAGAUGAAGGAUGGAAAAGCAGUGGGACCAGAUAAUUUACCAAUUGAAGCAUGGAAGUGCCUUGGUGAAGAAGGAGUAACUAUCCUGUGCUCAAUGCUCAACAAGAUUUUCGAUGAAGAAAAGAUCCCAGAGUCGUGGCGGAAGAGCAUACUCGUCCCUAUCUAUAAGAACAAAGGUGACAUCAUGGCCUGUGGUAACUACCUAGGCAUAAAACUCAUGAGCCACAGCAUGAAAUUAUUUGAACGUAUGAUUGAGCACCGACUAAGGGUGUGGUGA